AUGCCGUCCCACAGUAAUCUGGAUCGUCAGAUCGAGCUCCUCAGAGAAUGUAAGUUCCUGCCUGAGGCGGAGGUAAAGGUCCUCUGCGAGCAGGCGAGGGCGAUCCUUGUGGAGGAGUGGAACGUGCAGCCUGUCAAGUGCCCCGUGACGGUGUGCGGAGAUAUCCACGGCCAGUUCUACGAUCUCCUCGAGCUGUUUCGUAUUGGAGGAGACACCCCCGACACCAAUUAUCUCUUCAUGGGAGACUACGUAGGUCAGUAGUCAGGGGAAUUUCAACUUAUAUUCAAGGAUGCACAGUAGGGUUCUUGUUUCUCGUUUUAUGAGUAACUUACGGUUUCUGGAAUAUCUUCCAUCGUUACAUAUACAUGUAUUUUCGUUACAAUAUUGUCCAUCGUUCGAUUUUUGAGCCGAUCUACUUGAAAAUUUAAUUUGUGUUUGUAUGGACCGGUGUCACUACUUCAAAAUUUUGUACUUUUGCUUCCGCCAAUAGGUCCUUUCACUUAGGCUGGACACUGCCGUUAUGACGUUCUUCUGAUUUAGAGGAAAACUAGAUUUAAAGGUGAAACCAUGGAGAAGGCAGGGGCCUUUCAGAAUGGUACGAAAAAAAAUAUUUUACCCUUACUUUGGUAUACUUACAAUCAUGUAUUCGAUCAAUUGCAGGAUGAUCUGUCACUUUGAACUCAAUAUUCUGUCACCUCAUCAUGAUAAGUCCAGGAUUAUGUUGUAAUGUACGGUAAUUGUGUUGUCUUCCGCUUCUAUGCAUUGUGUUGAGUUCUAAUUAUUACCCUGAGUGGGCUAACAGAUUAUUGCAUCCGAACUGUGGAAGGGAAGCAGUUUUGGUAGUCGGAGACUGACGUUUUUUUUAUUUCUUUAUUUUUUGGGCUUUUGUGGGGGUUGGGGGCGAAAGAACUAGAAAAUGGUAACGUCUGAGACCAUGCCAACGCGAGGUAUGUCUGUGUUCUGCUGCUAUGACCAUGCAAUGCCCCGUAUGGUGCAUCAUUUAUGUGGUAUAAAUUGUGUGAAUUGGACUAGAAUGGUUGUCAUGAAAACAGGCUAACAAUUUUCAUUCAAUAUUAUCCUUUUCACUUUUGCACACUGUGAUCAUAUCUGGUACUGUUACAAGGGCUUGUUAUUCUUGACUUUAAUGUCACCUUUUCAGCAGAAGGAUGCAAUUGUUUUUUUCCUCUUAAGUUACCAUCGAGCACUUUUUCCAUUUAAAUCAUUUACAGAUAAUAUCAAGACCAGAUGUUUGGGAAUUUUCAUCCUUGGUGGCGCCAGCUGUAGUAGUUUUAUGCUCUUAGCAGAUUGACGGAUGGAUUUCUUUUGUAACCUUUAUAAACAAAGGGUAGGAGAUGAAAAAUGGGAAGUCUUACAUGAAGUCAAGUAUUGCCUGGACAGAUUAUAAGAUGCCAUUCAUUCCACUAUAAGGUGUUGUUGCGUCCAAUGUUGUCUUGACAUGACGUAAGUUGUAACUUUCUGUGGAAGGUCUUUCAGCCAGAGUCAUAAUCUAUCUUUUUCUUAGUUUAAUCUAGGAUGUUGACAUUCAUUUUUAAGAGUUCCUCAAAUGGACGAGUCUGAAGCUUGAUGUGUUUGAAAGUUAACUGUAAGAGCCUGUAAGUUAUUGUAAGUAUCGAAAUCAUUUCUUCGUUUAGGCAUGAAGCGCCCAAGGAAGCAUUUCCUUGUGUAAACUAUAGCCAAUACUGGUCCGGAUCUUCAUUUCAGAUGUAACACUCUUUCUUUCAUUUUUUGGUUUUAAUUAUCCACUUCUCCAUUGUUGUGAGAUAAGUCUACCGCAGAAAGGUAAGUCAAGUAGGUCAGAAAUGGACCAGAUUUUCUGUGUACGUUCUUUUUUGGGUGCUGUUUUCUUCUGCAAGAUGAACAUGGGCCAGAUUUUUAAUGGCUGUUUAGUGUCUAAAGAACUGGAUUUCUGGGGGAUAUUUCUUUCACUGUUCUUGUAUUUGUUUUUCAAUGUAAGCCCUUUAAUUGAUUUCGGUAGACUUUCAUAAUUUUUGGCGUUUAUAUAUCUUUUUUUUGACAGACUAGGGAUGUGGCAGCAAUCCCACAUUUUCAUGCACUUUAAAAAGUUGAUUCUGCUGUAUACAGCAGCUUACGGGUUUAUUGACAUGAUGGUCUCUGGACGAGUUAGAUACAGUAGAUGAUUCGCACACUUCAGCUUUUUUUUCCUUCUGUUCUUCUUCGCUGCCCAGCGUUUCUGUGCUUACGUUUCAUGGAUUGGGGUUAUCUUAUCGAUAUUAAAGCGAAUACGUCAAGUUUUUGAUGUAAGAUUAAUUCGCUAUUGAAUCUUUUUUUCUGUCUCACUGCAGAUGUCUGUUUCUUUGUAUCGGAAUUGACUUUUUAUAGGAUAUUUUUUUGAUAAACCACAUCGUUUUAUUCGGAUCAAUAUUUUUAUUUGACAUUUGUCAAACUGAAUUUCCAUCUUCAAUGCAGAUCGUGGAUAUUACUCAGUCGAGACUGUCACCCUUUUGGUGGCCUUGAAAGUUCGUUAUAGAGAAAGAAUCACGAUUCUGAGAGGAAAUCAUGAAAGUCGUCAAAUAACUCAAGUGUAAGCCUACCAUAUUCCUAUGUUUUACUCACUUUAAAUCCACUCACGUGUGAGCUCAAUUUAAUGGGUAAACAUUAAGAUUUUCAAUGGGCAUUGUCUCAACCAAAAUUUCGGCAUUGUAUUGCUCGUUUUCUUUUCUGACUCUAGCGUAUCACAGAAUCUUUUCCGAAUUAAGGUCGGGUCGCUCUUUAUUCCUGUAUUAGCAUCCCAGCAUCUUCUUGUUGCUUCAUUCUGCUUUGUUGUUCCCUUCUCUGGUUAAUCCUAACUCAGCUGUCAUCUCUUCUCCUUGUAUUCCUACCUAGACUACACCCAUUAAUGACAGCAUCCGACAGGGAUGAGUUCUGUGUUUCGUGUUUCUGUGUCAGACACUACCCAAACCCAGUCGAAGGCCGUCUCCCAUCUGGAACUGGCCAGAAAAUUCAGUGAGUCUGUAUUGAUGUACACAGUCUCUCAAAAAAGCAGCUCGGUUGAAAUCAUUGCAAUGCCCUUUUACUAUAUGUAAAGCUCUAUAAUGUUCCAUUGGAAUUUCUUCACUCCAAAGUUGAUAAAUUUCCAGCACGCUGUCUUUCUAAGAAUCAGUAGAGACGGUAGCAUACCUUAGAGGAGUAUAUCGAGGAUUUACCCUAGUUAUCUGCAUGCAGGUGUCAGACUAGUAUCGAUAGUUCUCUUUUUAUGUUUUCUAAUUUCAUGAAUUUUGUGCUGAUUUUUGCAAUUUCGCCAAGGAAACCGGGGAAGAAUAUCAUGAUGUUAAUUGACUCGAAGUUUACCUCAACCAUUUUUAUUUUUUUUAAAACGAUGGCCCUUUCUGAGACCAUUUUCUUGUUAUUUCAGGUAUGGUUUCUAUGACGAAUGCUUGAGAAAAUACGGGAAUGCAAAUGUUUGGAAAUAUUUUACUGAUCUUUUCGAUUAUCUACCCCUCACAGCGCUCAUUGAGAGCCAGGUAUGUACGUCACCACGGUCUGGACAACUACCACAUUUUUGCCUUCUGUGCCUCUCUGACAGUUAAUGAAUGAUGAUGGCUCGUAGAUAUUCUGCCUUCACGGAGGUCUUUCACCGUCACUUGAUACGUUAGACAAUAUCCGUGCUCUGGAUCGUAUACAAGAGGUAUGGAUCAGUUUGGAGCACAGCUUUCUAUAAAUGGAUAUAAAUUUCAGGGUUAACGAUGUUCUUUCAAAUUAUUGCAUGUGCAAUCAACACCUGUGUUUAAUCAUAGAAGAAGUUGCCAACAAAUAGGCAUUAACCAGACAACGACCGUAGAGAUGGCGCAAAUUUAUAUUAAAAAUCCUUUAAAGGAUGGGAUUGAUCAAGGGGCUUGUCUUGCUAUAUAUUCAGUAAAUAAUCGGAUGGUGUUUUGGUGGGCCUUUUUCCCAAUUUAGUUGCCUAUCAUCAUCAGGUGCUAUUUCUUUGAAAGAUGGUUUAAUUUAUUUUAGCAUGGAUGAUAUUUGUUAUUUAUACAUCUGUCAUAGCCAUAUCUCGAGAUAAUGUCUUCAGUGAAUUGCCUAUGAGCCAUAGUGGACUCCCUCUCUCUCUCUCUCUUUCUUUCUCUCUUUCUCUCUCCAUUAUUCGGGCAAUAUCAGGAGCUGAUCUCAUGCUGUUGUGUAGGUCCCACACGAGGGCCCCAUGUGUGACCUCCUAUGGUCUGACCCUGACGACCGGUGUGGGUGGGGCAUAUCCCCGAGGGGAGCUGGGUACACUUUUGGGCAGGACAUUGCAGCUCAGUUCAAUCACACCAAUGGGCUCUCUCUCAUCUCCAGAGCCCACCAGCUUGUCAUGGAAGGAUACAACUGGUCUCAGGUUGGUAGACCAAAACUCCCCGGGAUUAAGUUUCUAUUUCCCUUUCAGAGAGAGGAGAGAGAGGGUAGAGAGAGAGAGAGGGUAGAGAGAGAGAGAGAGGAGUCGCAUGAGUAAAACCCGGCUAGACGAUUCUGAGUUUUUUUGACCAGUUUGGCUCGAAUUCACUGAUGAAGUGGGGUGAAUUGGUGGGGGGGCUUGCAGGAGAAGAACGUGGUGACGGUGUUCAGCGCCCCCAACUACUGCUACCGGUGUGGCAACACCGCCGCCAUUCUGGAGAUCGGCGAGAACAUGCAGCAGGAGUUCCUCCAGUUCGACCCCGCCCCCCGGCAGAUCGAGCCGGACACCACCCGCCGGACCCCAGAUUAUUUUCUCUGA